UUGAAGAGAGAGAGAGUAAGGAGCCAGCCAUGAAUCUCUUCCAGAAAAAUGAGUUCAAGGAAACUCCUUUUUUACCUGUCUCCCCUGAAGAGGUACCACCUCGACCCCCCAGCUUUCCAAAGAAGCCAUCUCCGAAAAUCUGUGGCUCCAACUAUCCACUGAGUAUUGUCUUCAUCGUGGUGAAUGAAUUCUGUGAGCGCUUUUCCUAUUAUGGCAUGAAAGCUGUGCUGACCCUGUAUUUCCUGUAUUUCCUGCACUGGAGUGAAGACACUUCCACAUCUGUAUACCAUGCCUUCAGCAGCCUCUGUUAUUUCACUCCCAUCCUGGGAGCAGCCAUUGCUGACUCAUGGUUGGGAAAAUUCAAGACAAUCAUCUAUCUCUCCUUGGUGUAUGUGUUUGGCCAUGUGAUCAAGUCCAUGGGUGCCUUACCAAUACUGGGGGGACAAAUGUUACACACAGUCCUAUCAAUGGUCGGCUUGAGUCUAAUAGCUUUGGGGACAGGAGGUAUCAAACCCUGUGUGGCAGCUUUUGGUGGAGACCAGUUUGAAGAAAAACAUGCAGAGGAACGGACUAGAUACUUCUCAGUCUUCUACCUCUCCAUCAAUGCAGGGAGCUUGAUUUCUACAUUUGUCACACCCAUGCUGAGAGGAGAUGUGCAAUGUUUUGGAAAAGACUGCUAUGCAUUGGCUUUUGGAGUUCCAGGAUUGCUUAUGGUGAUAGCUCUUGUUGUGUUUGCAAUGGGAAGCAAAAUAUACAGAAAACCACCUCCUGAAGGAAACAUAGUGACUCAAGUUGUCAAAUGUAUCUGGUUUGCCAUUUCCAACCGUUUCAAGAACCGUUCUGCGGACAUUCCAAAGCGAGAGCACUGGCUGGACUGGGCAGUUGAGAAAUACCCAAGGCAGCUCAUUAUGGAUGUGAAGGCACUGACCAGGGUACUAUUUCUUUAUAUCCCAUUGCCGAUGUUCUGGGCUCUUUUGGAUCAGCAGGGCUCACGAUGGACCUUGCAAGCCACCAGGAUGAAUGGGAAUUUGGGUUUUUUUGUGCUUCAGCCUGACCAGAUGCAGGUACUAAAUCCCUUUUUGGUUCUUAUCUUCAUCCCAUUGUUUGACCUUGUCAUUUAUCCUCUGGUCUCCAAGUGUGGCAUUAACUUCACAUCACUUAGGAAAAUGGCUGUUGGUAUGAUCCUAGCAUGCCUGGCCUUUGCAGUUGCUGCUACUGUAGAGAUAAAAAUUAAUGAAAUGGCCCCACCCCAACCAGAUUCCCAAGAGAUUUUCCUACAAGUCUUGAAUCUGGCAGAUAAUGAGGUGAAGGUUACAGUGCUGGGAGAUGAAAACAACUCUCUGUUGGCAGAGUCCAUCAAAUCCUUUCAGAAAAUGCCACACUAUUCCAAACUCCACCUGAAGACAAAAAGCCAGAAUUUCCACUUCCAACUGAAAUAUCACAAUUUGUCUGUCUACACUGAGCAUUCUGUGGAGGAGAAAAAAUGGUACACUCUGAUCAUUCGAGAAGAUGGGAAAAGUAUUUCUAGCAUGAUGGUAAAGGAUGAAGAAAACAAAACAACCAAUGGGAUGACAGCCAUGAGGUUUGUUAACACUUUGCAUGAAGAGAUCAAUAUCUCCCUGGGUACAGAUACCUCCCUCGGUGUUGAAGAAGACUAUGGUGUGUCUGCUUACAGAACUGUUCAAAGAGGAGAAUAUCCUGCGGUGCCUUGUAAAACAAAAAAUGAGGACUUUUCACUGAAUUUGGGUCUACUAGACUUUGGUGCAGCUUAUCUGUUUGUUAUUACUAAUAGCACCAGUCAGGGUCCUCAGGCCUGGAAGAUGGAAUAUAUCCCAGCCAACAAAAUGUCCAUCGCAUGGCAGCUACCACAAUAUGCCCUUGUUACAGCUGGGGAGGUCAUGUUCUCUGUCACAGGACUUGAGUUUUCUUAUUCUCAGGCUCCCUCUAGCAUGAAGUCUGUACUCCAGGCAGCCUGGUUGUUGACAGUUGCAGUUGGGAACAUCAUCGUGCUUAUUGUGGCACAGUUCAGCAGCCUGGUACAGUGGGCCGAAUUCAUUUUGUUUUCCUGCCUCCUGCUGGUGGUCUGCCUGAUCUUCUCCAUCAUGGGCCACUACUAUGUUCCUAUAAAGCUAGAGGAUAUUCAGGGGUCAGCAGAUAAGCAGAUUCCCCAAAUCCAAGGAAACAUGAUCAACCUGGAGACCAAGAAGACAAAGCUCUAAUGACUCCCUGGACUCUGCCCAGACCCCAAUUCCUGACUCUGAUCUUGGCCAUCACCAUCUUUAAGCAUUUUUUACUCCGACUUUUGGUUAGAAGAGAGAAGUAGUGUCAUAUCUGAGCUAAUCUCCUCUAUUUUUCUCCCAUGAUAGAGGCAGUUCUAGGACUGGGUUUUUGAGUACAUUAUAGCAAGGCCCCUGAGACUCUAUGUCUUCCCGUUUCUCAGUGAACUCGGUAAACCUUGUGUAGUGUUGCUGAAGCUGGCCUGCUACCUCCAAAUGGCUGUGAAAAACACAAAUGUAUAGUUGAGGUUAGUCUCUGUGCUUAUCAAAGUUAUGUAGGAAUUGUUUUACCUGCCAUUUAGAACUGAUGACCCCACUUUUUGAAGUGCUGAUUUAGAAGCAAAAUUGCAGAAUAACAGAGAAAUGGUAUUUCAAGUUUCUUCAUUAGCAGUGUAAUUGUACUGUGUACAAGGACCUCAAGAAUUGGUAUGUCUGGUGUGAUCUGGUUCUGGCUUCUCAGGUAUCCAGAUUUGAUAGGACCGUAGUUAAUUUUUCAGUACAGAUAGUAGGAAACAAUGACAUUUUAUUAACACAUAGGAGAAG